GGAGUGGACGGGGUGAUGUCAGACGCUGGGCUCGCUUUAGAGCCGGGUUCCCGGAUAUUGCUCCCUUUCCCUUCUAGGAAGAUGGCAGGCGAGAAGAAGGCAGGUGAGAAGAAGGCAAAGAAGCCUAGAAAGCACCAUGCAAGCCGUAACCCAGUGCUGGCCCGAGGAAUUGGGAAAUAUUCCCGAUCAGCAAUGUAUGCCAGAAAAGCCAUGUACAAGCGCAAGUAUGAUGCGCCAGAAACAAAGAUAGAAAAGAAAAAAAGAGAGAAAGCACCUGCUACCCUCACAAAACCAGUUGGGGGAGAUAAGAAUGGAGGCAACCGUGUGGUAAAAAUUCGUAAAAUGCCUAGAUAUUACCCAACUGAAGAUGUUCCUCGCAAGCUCUUGAGUCAUGGCAAAAAGCCCUUCUGCCAACACAAGAGGAAACUGCGGGCUUCUAUUACUCCAGGAACUGUUCUGAUCAUUCUCACUGGUCGCCACAGAGGCAAGCGUGUGGUCUUCCUGAAGCAGCUUGCUAGUGGUCUGUUGCUGGUAACAGGACCCUUGGCUAUCAAUCGUGUCCCUCUGCGCAGAACUCACCAGAAAUUCGUUAUUGCCACGUCUACCAAGGUUGAUAUCUCUGGGGUGAAACUUCCAAAACAUCUCACUGAUGCGUACUUUAAGAAGAAGAGGCUGCGUAAGCCCAAACAUCAAGAAGGCGAGAUCUUUGACACUGAGAAAGAAAAAUAUGAGAUAACAGAACAACGCAAGGCAGAUCAGAAGACGGUGGACUCUCAAAUCCUGCCAAUAAUCAAGAAGGUGCCUCAGCUCCGUGGCUACCUGCGUUCUGUAUUUUCUCUCUCCAAUGGAGUUUAUCCUCACAAAUUGGUGUUCUAAAUUUUCUGAAAACACAUUAAAAUUGGGGAAAAAACUGGGGUUUGUCUGAUUCCAGUUAUAAUUAGCUUUGUAAUGUACAUAUCUUAACAGUUUGGAUUGAAUAAGAAAAUUGCUAGUGGUUUUAAGUUGUGCUAUUUUGAGGAAUGUGGCCCUGCAUUUUGAACAGAUGGAGUUUCUUACAUGACAUGAGCAAGUGACAGCUUUCAGAAAUGCACUGUUAAAACCAUUAGUCCCAUUUAAAAUCCAAAUGAUAAGAGUGCUAGGCGUGGUGCUCGCACUACUUGGGAAGGAUAUCCUCUACAGGUCCUUCUGGCUAGUAGUAGUGACAAAUUGGGGUAAACUUUUUCAAGGUUUUUAGUCAGUGUUCUUAUAUUUUUCCAUGUCCUGCCAUAAAUGGACCAAGUGUCUUUCUUGACAGGAAACUUUCCAAAACUAUUCUAUCCAUAACUAUUAACUUUUUAAUGUUCACAUGUGUAUGUGUGACUCCCCUGGUAUUUCUGCUUUCACUAACAUUGAACUUCCUUACUGGUGAUGUGGGAGUAAGUCCUGUUUCAGUUUCUGGCUCUGACAGACUUGCUGGGGGUGUUUUGACAAAUCACCUAAGCCUCGUGCUUCCAUUUGUUCACGUACAAGAGCUAGAUCUUGCAAGGUGCUGAGCGCUCUGGUCCUGAUCUAACAAACCACUUAAGCAUGCAAGUAGUCCCACAGAAGUCAGUAGGCCUACUGAGGUGUUCAGUUAAGCACAUAAGUGCUUGGAAACUUGCAGCAUUGGACCAUUAGGCAUGUCUUGCUCACUGGCCAAGGUAGAUGGAGCUCUUAAAAAUCUACCACUGCAAUGUGCUACAUAAGGGCAAAGUAGUCUAAAAAUGUACACCUUGGCAUCUAUCAGAAUACAAUUUAAUCCACUGCUGUCAAAUUCCUGAGCAAUAGACAAGAUAGCAGCCCACUCAGUGUAUUUUUAUUGCCUUCAUAACAUUCAGAUUUCUGCAAAAUUUUAGAAAAUCUUUUAAAUUAAAAAAAAAAAACCAGCCCACAUCAUUGCAAAAAUAACUUCAUAUGUGACCCAAGUGAAGCAAUGCAGUGAUUUCUUCCAGAGUCAGCAACAUUCAUUAUUUCAUUGCUGAUCAUUUUAGCAGAUGGAACAUGAGCUGGGAGUUGCUAUAGGAAAGGGAGAGGUGGAGGAGGCAGAAAUAGUGAGGGCCCUAAUAGUGAGUAUGAUCUUCCACUGAGCAAAGUUGAAUGUAAUAAUAGUAAGUGAACAAAUUACUGAGUUACAAGCCAAAGGCAAUAUUCUACCCAGUGGGAUAGGGGGAGAGUUUUGUUAUUUUUACAGUGCCUAGUAUAGUGGGCCCAGCCUGUGACUAGGGUUCCUAGGCCCUACUACACUACACCUAAAUACAGGAGAGGAUCUAGGGCUUGAUGGCUCUGCGUAGUACAAAAUUAUGCCCCAGCCCUCUGAGUGAAACUGGAUUUCGGCUCCCCACAACAUAGGUGGCACUUCUAGUCCACAUAGAACCUCCCAUUUGCCUUGAGGUAGGCACCUUCUUUCCACUAACAAGCAACAUGUUUUAGUACAAGCAAGAUAAAUAAGCAGUUUAAUUUUAGCUGUCUUCUUUUUAAAUACAAAUGACUCGUCUGAGGAUCUGCCCACAUAGGGAAGUUUACUGAUUUAUUACAAGCUCCCACUAAGGACACUCAUACCAGUAAACUUCUUUAUGUAGAAAAGCUCUUAGCCUUUGACCAAGGCUUCAGGUAUCCUUAACUGAAUAACCAGAGCCCCUUCCAAGCCACUGCUACAUAAUUCACCAGCAUUUUAAGUUUUCCUGCAGCUUUGUUCAGCUAGGAUUUGAAAAAUGCACCUUUCAUUCACCAAUCACUGUAGAAAUCUCAAAACAAAUUAUACCAGUUUUCUUGCAGGCCACAACAGCUAGAUACUACACAUUUAAAACAGGAUAUCCUAUCCAAGUGGAAUCCUGCAAAACGUAAACUGCCCAAGUAGCACCAUUAUCCUGACCAACUUCCUAACAUGCCAGCUCUUCUAAAAUCCUAUACUUUCUUCUUAUUCCCUCCUGGCCCCAGUAUCGGCUAUUGCUUCAUUAGCCUGAGCAAAGAGGACUCUCUGCUCAUAAGCAUAUCUCUGAGUUUAUUUUGAAACCUGAUACAUUAUUCUACAAAUACCUAGAAUUCUGGGUUCCUAUGAAUGUAUGCACAUCAUCUGUACUUAAGGGGAGAUUCACUCUUUGUCCAUUAACAGGAGCAAAUUGCUCUAAAAUGAAGAAAGGUCAACCCUGAUUGGUUCCAGUUUUCCAUCUCAAAUUGCACAGAAAUAUCUGGAAGACGAUGGCAUUAGUAAUAUAAAUAGUUCUCUCAAAAUCACAGUUGUGUACACAGAUUCGCAAUCAACCUUCUGCCCAAUUACAGAGAAAAAAUGCUCACUUUCAAAUACCUCUUGCAGAAAUGCCUGCGUAGUUGGCUUUCCUACUUAAUGGAUGUUGUUUUUCUUUAGUUAGUAUUGGCAUAGGGCUCAGUGCGGCUGAUCAUAUGUAUGAAGUACAUUGUACAGCAGAGGGAGUUGAUGAGCAGUUUUCAACCAGCCUUAAGCAGGUGGGGCCCAUAAACAUUAUAGGUCCUGGCACUCAGUGUUGCAGGUUGACCUGUGUGUUAUCUAUUCCUGAUGUCUCUGAAAAUAUCAAAUAUUAUUCUACAUUAGCUCUAGAGCAGUGGUUUUCAAUCUGUGGUCUACGGACUCCUGGGAGGUCUGCAGACUAUGUCUAAGAUUCCAAAGGGGUCCGUACCUCCAUUCAAAAUAUUUGAUGGGUCCACAAAUGAAGAAAGGUCAAAAACCACUGUUUGAGAACAUCUAUAUAUAAUUUUCUCUCAUUUGUCCCAUUCUUCUUUUAACCUGCCUGUCACAAUCAGUGUGUACUAGAUGCGCUCUUUGUCAGUGACUCAUCAAGGUAUGUGGGUAGUUGAGGUAUGUGUUGGGGUAUAUUCAGCAUUUUCUUAAAAUAACUGAGGAACUGUCAUAUGACAAUAUUUGACAAGAUUGAGGAAAAAACCCACAACCCUAUCUAUCUUUAAAAUAAUAAAAUCUCACUUAAAUCCUGUUGUCCAUCACAAAUUGUAAAGUGACUCUUACCUUUCUAGGAUCAGGUUCCUCAGUGAUUCAGAUAGAACUCCUAUUGAAGUUAUGUGCAAGGGGCAAAGGGAAGCAUAUGGUCAUUAGCAUGGAACAGUGGUUCACAAACUUUAUCAAUCCGCGAACCCCUUUCACUAAAAUGUCAAGUGUCACGAACCCCCUCCUAAAAAUGAACAUUUCCAGGGAUUUUCUCCUCAUGACAGUAUCUUUAUUACCUUAUGAAAAUGGUAACACUCUUCCAAGAUCUCACUUCUGUCGCUUGUAUCACUUUGAAUAAGCCUGUUAUAAGACAAGGCUCCUAGCUUUCAUCAAGGAGUAUCAGAUGUGAAACAACAUGCAGGAAUUUAAAAAGACAGCUCAAAUCAAGAAUUCCUCCUACACAAACAUGCAGGUCUUGAGCAGUCCAGGCAAAUCAUGCAUGUUACAACAAAGCUUAAACUUGUUCUUCAUCAUAAUUUUAAAAGCAAUACUAGCUGCCUGUUUCAUUUUAAAAACAGCAAAAAAUAUCCACCUCCCUUUGCAUUUCUUAUAAGGAGUCUUUAAGUUUAAAUCUCCUCAGUGGGAUAGAUAUGCUUGCUUUGAUCUGCUUAGCUCUUGGAAGUCCAGGGGCUCCGGGCUGCUGGUCCCGGGCUGCCCGGGGUCCCUAGGGACAGCUCUGUCCACCAUUAGGGAAUUUUUUCACGAGAACCCCCUAUAACAUUUCACGAACCCCCAGGGUUCACAAACCGCAGUUUGGGAACCACUGGCAUGGAAGAACUUCAAUAUGCCCUAAAUUUGCUCAAGUAAAAUAAAUCCGAACAAUGGGGAAAAACUCUCCCUCGGGGAGAGUCCUCAUAAGACAAGUCAGGUGCAAGCAAUGUUCUGAUUCUUUCACAUCCAGAAAUAUUGAGUAUGAUCCUCCAAUGUCUCGAGAUUGAGAAUACAGUGUUCAGACUGUGUUGAUAAAUUCUUAGGAAAUAUCUGGGAAACUGUAGUAGCAAUUUUAAUUUUUUUCACAAGAAUGUUUUAUAUGGGAAAAAUUGCUAUAACUGGAUCAUACUCACUCUUUGCUCAGCUGAUGACCACACGUAUCUAAUUUUCUUAGGCAGUUCUAAAGCAACCAUCACUAUUGUAUUUAAGUGCCUAAUGUGUAUGGUGAUACUUAGCAUUUAUCUUGAACGUACUUUUUAAACAAUUCUAACAUUUCCUGGGGAACAGCUGGAUAUUAUCCCCGUUAACAGAUGGCAAAAUAGAGGAAGAGAGGAUAUGUUACACUCAAAGCAAUGGAAAGCAUUAGAGACAGAACCUGGCUCUUACUCCAUUCUUAGAUCUCCAGAUAGGCCCCCUCAUUCUUUACUACAUAAAAUGGAAUAGACUGUAGCUCCUUCAGCUCUAAUAAGGUGGUGCAGCAUGUAGACUACGAAUCCAAUUUUACUUUAUCCAAAUCUAUUUUAAUCUUUAUCAUUUUAAAGCUAUUGGAAAAUUAUUUUAAUGUUUGAUGUUUCUGAGACACUCCAGGAAUAGAAAAAAUAGGAAAUAAAAACACCCUCCAAAUUACUGACAGAGAAAAGAUUUAAAUAUUUGGAAAGAUCUUUAAAAGCUAAAAUAUUACAUUCACAACUACCAUCACCUUCACAAUACUUCUGUCAACUAAAGAGCUGCUUUUGUGUUCACUAUUUUGAACAUGUAAACAAUUCUACUGUCCUGACUAGCUGAGUCACUGCUUUAUACUAACAGCGUGGCCCACAGAAGAAACUAGAGAAAUCUAAAAUCCUAGCCCCCCCCAGUCAAAAGUGCUGAAGAUAUUCAGGUCUAAAAAUAGUGAAGAGAUUCAAACAUAGCACUUCAUUAGCAUCAACUAUGCUCCUUGCUUCAGCUUCCUAAUAAAGUGACAUGUAAUUAGCAGAGUAAAGCAUACAGUUAUGAGAGGAAGGAUACAGGGAUUUUGACUUUUUCAGGAAAUUGGUAAUAAGGUAUAGAGCUUUUCCCCUCUAAAUCACAAGUCAAGUUUUGCACCAGACAAAAUUGUUAGUAUCUGAAGGCUGUUUAGUGGCCUGGGCGAAAUGAGUGGGUGGACUCAGUCCAUUCCUGGAGAACUACAUGAGAGCAGCCAUCUUUGUUGGCAGUUUCAGAAGAGAGGCCGACUUUAGCUAUACUUUCAUGACUAGAAGUCCUGGUCAGGGUUGAGGCACAUUUUCAGGAGGAAGUUUGGAGAUGUCCCUGCCUGUGUUGUAUCAGUUUGGUGGAGACUUAGGUCUCAAGAGCUGCAAAUGCAACACUUUUCAUCACCAGCACUAAAUUCUCUAUUUUCAAAUAAAAAGACAAAAAAGUCUAAAAUUCAUUUUAAACACAAAAACAUUCAUUUUAUCGGUUAAGUGUUAACAGUGUGCGCUAUGAAUGUGCUCUCAACAAAGGGGACAGGAUCCUUUUAUAGCAGUGCAGAUUAAUGUGUUUGGUUCCUCCCCCUAGCAGAUAUGAACAAGAGAAAGCAGAGUUCCUAGCUAGUUCAUUUUUUUUCUGCCUGCACCAUGUGGAAGAAGGUCUAGGUCAGUGUAGGAAAGUUAGGCAUGAUUGGCUGUUUAGCUGUAUUGUUAUUUUUUCUUUUUUACAGAAUUAUUGGGAAUCAGUGAUCGGAAGAUCUAUUAGCUCACCUAGUCUUCCCCCAGCCAGUGCAAGAGUUCUUUCCACUGCGUUCUCAACUGUUCAGUCCCAUCUAGUUUAAAAUGAUUCAAGUGAUGGAUUCUACACCUUGAUAAAUGCUGCUAUAAGGCAAAAAAUUCUAAUACUGUUUAUUCUUCCUCUGUUAAUGUUCCAUAUGCUUUAUCUCUUCAGCCAAGAGGGUUCUUCCUUUGUCAUGUAGAGACUCUUAAGUAUGUUUUUUCAACAUAAUAAAAAAAAAUUUCUCAAACCAGU